GACCAACAAGACUAGAUACUGUCUUAAGAUUAAAGUUAGCCCAGGCUUAGCUCAGUUGAGGCUCUUAAAUGAGCCAUAAGCUGUAUCUGGAUGGAAAGAAUUAAAUUUAAUUAGGAUAUUCUAAAAAAUAACAAAAAAAUGCCAAGUGUUAAUAAAGAAUCAGAUGAUAGUCAAACUUGGGAGUUAGCUGAAAGAUGUUUAUUACCAAUCGCAUUUUCACAUGCAGUUGCAGUAAUUCUGGCAACAAUAUUAAAUAUUUUUGGUAUUUCACAAACAUCUAGUUUUGCACUGUUCUUACUUUUGUUAGUGAUAUCAGUGAGUUCUACAUUAUUUUACCAUAAUUUAAAGGUUACUGCAGCGGGAAAGGCAGUGCUUAUAACAGGGUGUGAUUCAAGAGUUGGAUAUACUUUGGCUAAACAAUUAGAUGACUUGGGUUUCACAGUGUUUGCUGGAUUUAAUAAUAAAGAUGACUCUGAAGAAACAAUGAAAAAAUUAAAACAAGAUGCAUCUGGAAGAUUACAUGUACUUCAACUUGAUAUUACUAGUGAACACGAUAUACAUUCAAUUUUUCUAUAUGUGAAUGAAAAUUUACCAGAUGAAGCACCAGGAUUAUGGGCAUUAGUGCAUGCAGCAGCAUGGGUAACAUUAGGUGAAUGUGAAUGGGUACCUCCUUUGGUUUUAAAACGAAGUAUAGACAUUAACUUUAUUGGUCUAGCCCGAUUGACACAGGUAUUUUUACCAUUGGUCAGAAGAUCAAGAGGACGUGUUGUAAUAGUGAGUAGUCUCUUAGCUCGCAUACCAAGUCCUGUAAGAGGCAUUUAUUGUGCAGUCAAGGCUGCUAUUGAGGCAUGGGGUUCUUGUCUUCGAUUAGAAAUGCGAAGAUGGGGAGUUGAUGUAGUGAUUGUAGAAACUGGAGAAUAUGUAUCUGGUAAUGCUUGGUUAAAAGACAAUAAUUCAUUACUGGAACAAGCUCGGGAUAUGUGGAUGCAGCUUGAUCCUCAAACACGUAAGGAAUAUGGGGAAGAAUUAUUCCAAAAAGAAAUGUUAGCUCUUGAAAAAUAUACACAAGGACCUGAAGCAGACUUAACAUCUGUUACUAGAGCUUUAACAGACAGUGUAUUGAAAACAUUUCCAAUGCAAAGGUAUACUCCAGUAUCACGUCAAGAACGAAUGCAUGCUUUAUGCAGUGAUUAUCUUCCAAAACCAAUUUAUGAUAUUUUGUACACUAAUUAAUAUUGAGCCUAUCACAUUGUGUUCACCUACGAAAUUACUUGAAAAUUAUACCCAAAUGCUUUUUAUAUACAUUCUAAGUUACACCAAUAAGCUUCAUUAGCAAAAUCAUAUGAUUAUCUUAAACCUAGAACACUGCCUAAUUAGAUAAAAACAGUUUUAAGAUAUCCAUGUUUUUUAAUUGUUGUUUAUUGUAAUUAAUGGUCUCAUUGAGCGAUUAUAUGUAAUGAGUUGGUUGUGGUGGUUUGUAUCAAAAUACAAGAAAUUGCAAAUGUAACCUAAUAAAGUAUAUAAAAUAAUGUAUCAUA